CUCUCUUCAAAACUCUGUCUUCUCAUUUUUAAGGAAAGAAAAUAAAGUAGUGUCAUGAAGUGUCUUUUAAGGCCUUAUUAGCUCAUCUUUAUCUGUCUCUCACAAAACUCUCUCAUUUGAUUUCCAUGCCAAACCCUCUCUUCAAACAACAACCCAGGAAUCCAAAACCAAUUCAAAUUGAAUCACUGAGUGAAUGAGUGAGUUUCAGUGAGUGAGGUUUUUAUAUGGAGGAAGAGGAAUGCAAAAGUGGGAGUAAAAGCAUUGCGGAAAGGAGGGCAGAAAAGUGUGGAUUCAAUGCGCAGAGUCUCAACAAAACUGCGCUUUUUCGGACUGCUACUCCGUUGGCUUCUUCUUCGCCAGCUGCUCGCUCACCCAGGCUCACUAUUCCACCUGGGAUUAGCCCAGCCGCGUUGCUUGACUCCCCUAUCAUGCUCCCAAACACCCAGGUGCUGCCAUCUCCUACCACUGGAACUUUUCCAUUGGUUCCUCUCAACCAUGAUAGUUCAAUGCUGAGCUCGUUGACUGCUGAAGAUGGUGGUAGGUGCAGUGACGUUGGUUCCUCCUUUAAAUUCAUGCCUUAUGGGGAUCCUAAUUUUCCUUCACGCUUUUCUAGCUUUCAAGAGCAGGGAGCUUCUGUUGACUAUCAAGCUCUUGUCUCAAUGCAAACACCAAUGGAUUUUGAGUUCCCAGCAGAGCUGCCAAAAGCAGAUGUCACCAAGAACUGUGCUGCAGAUUUGCCUACUGAGAUGAAAAUGGUCAAAAACAUGAUUAUGAAUGCCAAUUCGAAAAUUCAUCGUUCUGAAGUAGCUGGUGACCAAAAAUCUCUACCCAAAGAACCUAUUCAUGGAGAGGUUAUUGGGACAAAUCAUCUUGUGGAAGGAGACCAGAAAGGGCCAUGCCCUUCAACAGGAACAGAAAGGACAUCAGAAGAUGUAUAUAAUUGGAGAAAGUAUGGGCAGAAACAAGUAAAAGGUAGUGAAUAUCCUAGAAGUUACUAUAAAUGUACCCAUCCAAACUGUCAGGUGAAGAAAAAGGUGGAACGAUCUUAUGAUGGACAAAUAACAGAAAUCAUCUAUAAGGGAACUCAUAAUCAUGCAAAACCCCAGCCUAAUCGCCGAGUAUUUCCUGGGUCGGCAUUUUCAAUAGAUGAAACAUCAAUGAUGGGUGAAGGAAGUGGAACCUGUAAAGUUGAAGGUGGGUCCAUUUGGAGGAAUAUUCAAUCAGGGUCAAAGGAUAUUAAACUUGGUUCCGAUUGGAGGAAUGAUGGGGUGGAAGGGACAUCCUCGGUGUCUGUUGUAUCUGAGCUUUCAGACCCAAUAUCAACCACCCAUGGAAGAUCUGUGGGUGUAUUUGAAUCAGCAGAUACUCCAGAUCUUUCUUCCACAAUUGCCAGUCAUGAUGAUCAUGAAGAUGGAGCCACCCAGGGAAGCAUCUCACUUGGAGAGCAUGCUGAGGAUGAUGAGUCUGAGUCCAAAAGAAGGAAGACAGAUAGCUGCUUGAUUGAAACAAAUUUGGCAUCCAGGGCUGUUCGUGAACCAAGAGUCGUUGUCCAAAUAGAGAGUGAUGUGGACAUACUUGAUGAUGGUUACCGCUGGCGAAAAUAUGGGCAAAAGGUUGUCAAAGGAAAUCCAAACCCUAGGAGCUAUUACAAAUGCACGAGUGCUGGAUGUUCAGUGCGGAAGCAUGUGGAAAGGGCUGCUCACAAUCUGAAAUGUGUAAUUACAACUUAUGAGGGGAAACACAACCAUGAAGUGCCUGCAGCCAGAAACAGUGGUCAAAUAAACUCGAACGGUGGUAAUGUACCUCCUGCUGCUGCUAAUGCUCAACCUGCCCUUACAUUACCCAGACACCCCAAUGUCCUAAAGUCUGAAACCCAAGUUCAAGAUCUUGCACCUCAUUUUGAUAGAAAACCUGAAUUCAAUAAUGACUAUCUGAGCUCCAGUUUUCUUGGAAACUUCAAUAAUGACAUGAAAUUUGGGGCUUCCUCCAUUUACCAAAUGAAGUUUUCACCCCUACAAAAUAACAUGCCUUAUGCGUCUCUUGGACUCAAUUCCAAUUGCAAUGUAACCCAUCAAGCUGGUUCUAUUGCCUCUGUUCUCCCAAACUUCCCAAUUUCACUGCCAUUGAAUCUUCCCCAAGCUGGGAUGGCUGGUUUUGAUUUUAAAAAUGGAAAACCUAUUGGUUCAGUCAAGUCUUUCCUUUCAGGGCAGCAGCUGAAGGAAAAUGAUGUAAGGAUUCUCAGGCCUAAGCAGGAGAAAAAGGAUGAUGAUCUUUAUGAUGCCUGCCUACCCAUUGUUGAUCAUGGAAAUGCAUUAUCAUCAUCAUCAUCAUCUUCAUCAUCUUUAUAUCACCAGGUCAUGGGAAGUUUUCCAUCUUGAGUUUUAUUCUCUUUUUGCUUCUAUAGUAGUCAACAACAAAGAGAAACUUGCUUGUCUUUUUGUGGUGCCGUUUUAUUGCCAAUUCAUUGUUUUUUUUUUUUUUUUUCAUAUAUAUGUAUAUAUAUAUAUAUAUAUCUAUAUAUUAUAAACGCAUAUUAUGAAAAAU